CAUCAUUUCUUGCAACUAAAUUAACAUUAAUAAGAGCAAGAUUGUUUUCUGGAGUUAAGAUUCUACCUAAAUCAAACAAGAUGAUAAAACUUUGUAAAGAUUUUAAUUUUGAUUCUACUAUUUAUGAUUCUUUUUAA